AUGCAGGGCGCGCUGAUGGGCAGCAUCGCGGCGUGUGGAGCGCCCUAUAAGGCGACGGCGGCCGCGCGCUGCCCGCUGGCGGGGCACUUCCUGGCCGCCACCGGCUGCUGGCUCGUUGGUUCAUUCACUGCCAGCACCAGGGUCGCCGACCUGCGCGGUCGCCGAUCCAACCACAGCCCUGACAGCCGCCGAACUGCUUGUUUGAGACUUCCAAGCCCCUCUGAAAAUGAUUAUUCCAUUGAUGAGCAAAUGGUACCAUUUACUGGACGCUGCACAUUGUCUCAGUAUGUUCCAAACAAACCGCGCCCUUUGGGAAUUAAAAAGUUUGUUUUGGCAACAACGAAAGGUUUAGUACUUGAUUUUGAAUUUCAUCAAGGUAAAUCAACUCCUCUGCCAGAUGUUGGCCUUGGUCUUGGGCCAUCUGUAAUACUUCGCCUUGCUCAAACAUUACCUCAAGGUGCAAGACUAUAUUUUGACAGAUAUUUUACAGCUUUGCCAUUACUGCAACAGUUACUUGACCUAGGGCUGGAAGGAACGGGAACCAUAAUGAAAAACAGAGUGAAAUCAGUUCACCUGACAGAAGAAAAAAGACUGAAGAGAGGAGAUAUGGAAGAAUUCUGCAGGGACGAUGAUAAAAUAGUGAUUGUCCAGUGGAAAGAUUCAAAAGCUGUGACCCUUGCCUCUACUUGUACAGGAUGUGAACCUGUAAGCAAUGUUGAGAGAUGGAGUAAACCAGAAAAGAAGUACAUCUUAGUGCCUUGUACUGCACUUGUAGUGAAGUACAACCUGUGUAUGGGAGGAGUGGACCUCUGCGAUCAAAUGAUGGAAACCUACAGGACUUUCUUGAAGACAAAAAAGUGGACUUUAAAAGUUUUGAUUCAUUUACUUGAUUUGGCUUGCGUCAAUUCCUGGUUACAAUACAAAGUUGAAUGCGAAGCCAAUAAAGUACAAAAGAAAAACACUUUAGAUCUUCUUGGAUUCCGACAGGUGAUUGGGGAAGCGCUAAUUUCUUCUUCUUCAGGACAGGAACAUGAAAGUGAAUCCGACGAAGAGCCACCAAAUAAAAUGUACAAACCAGCAAACACACCAUGUGAUGAGAUGCGGCUAGACGGAUAUCAUCACUGGCCAACUGUUGAUGAUUUGCCUUCAGCUUUUGCUGCAGGCAAAAAAAUUGCAAAAACAGGACGAGAACAAGAUGUCUAA